GGGGGGGGGGGGGGGUGCUGGUGGGGACCAAAUGGAUGGCAACUGGACCUGGGGUGUCGAUGACUCCAACGACACGCGGCCACUCGCCGAGCCGCGGCGGCGUUACUCAGUGUUCACCAUCCUGACGCUCACGCUGCUGGCCAUGCUCAUCGCGGCGACGUUCGUGUGGAACUGCCUCGUGAUCGUCACAAUCAUGCGCGUGAAGACCUUCCACCGCGUGCCGCACAACCUCGUGGCGUCGCUCGCCGUGUCCGACCUCCUCGUCGCCGCCCUCGUCAUGCCCCUGGGCCUCGUCAAGGAGCUCCAGGGCAGGCGCUGGAUGCUGGGGCCGCUCCUCUGCUACGUGUGGGUGUCGUGCGACGUCCUCUGCUGCACGGCGAGCAUCUGGAACGUGACGGCCAUCGCCCUCGACAGGUACUGGUCCAUCAGCCGCCACCUGCAGUACACGCUCAAGGGCAGGCGACGCGCCUCGACGCUCAUGAUAUCCACAGCGUGGCUUCUGUCGGCGAUCAUCUCGCUGUCGCCCCUCUUCGGCUGGGGCAAUGACUACUACUCGCCCGAGCUGCUCGAGUGCCACGUGAGCCACCAGCCCUCGUACGCCGUCUUCUCGACGGUGGGAGCCUUCUACUUGCCCCUCUGCGUGGUGCUCUUCGUCUACUGGAAGAUCUACAAGGCGGCGCGGCUGGGCGUGGGCAAGCGGCAGCAACGCAACGCCGUAACGCCGAUGCUUCCCCAGCAGGAGGAGGUGAUAAUGGAGGCCAAGCAGUCGUCGUCGCACGAGGCCCGAGUGGCGUUCGCGGCCCGCCACGCCGCGGUCUCCUUCCAGGCCGCCGAGGGCGACACGUGGCGAGAGCACAAAGAGAAGCGAGCCGCACUGAUGGUCGGCAUCCUCAUCGGAGUGUUCGCCCUCUGCUGGAUUCCCUUCUUCCUGAGCGAGCUCGCAGCGCCGCUCUGCCUCUGCGCCCCUCCUCCGCUGUGGCAGAGCGUCUUCCUGUGGCUCGGCUACUCCAACUCGUUCUUCAACCCGCUCAUCUACACGGCCUUCAACAAGAACUACAACAAUGCGCUCAGGAAUCUCGUGCCGUGCGCGCAGCGCUGAUGCGCGCACGGUGGGGGGGAGGAGAGGGAGGAGCAGAAGGUGGAGGAGAGGGUGGAGGAGAGGAUGGAGUAGGAGAAAGAGGAU